AAAAAUAUAUUUCACUUUUUGUUGCUAAAGGAAGACAAACAUUUUCUAUUUUGUUUUUGGUUUAACAAGGAUAGAUAUUUUCAAACACAAACCAAGAUAAUUACUCAGCACCAGCAAAGCCUCUGGCAGUGGAAAACAUAUUCAGUUAGUUAGUCUGAAAUAAAUAAUACAAAGAUGAACAGUGUGGCAGAUUGGCUCGUGCAGAACAGGGACAAGAUCGAGAAAGGUGUGGAGAUCAUGGGGCAAGCCUCUGAGGUGCUCGCUGCCACCGUGGGCCAGCUUCACCCUGUCUUGGAGGCUGUGUUCAUGGCUUCAGCCGAGAUACUCAGCAACCCGGACAGCAAAGAGGCUCGCUACCUGACUCAGCAGUUCGAACUGGUCAACCAGAAACUCGAAGGAAUCCAAGAUGAGAUUGAUCAAAUUGCCCGGGAGCUGCAGAGGACGUCGAUGAACAAACAGAACUUCGAUCGAGAGGCACAGAUGUUGAGCCAGUAUGAAAAGUUCCAGGACUUUGUCAACGCCAAGCCAAAGUUCAAAGAGAAGAAGAUGGAGAAGUUCAUUAGCCAUUACGAGAACACUGAUGCCGACUUGAACUUGGACGCACUCUACAAUGCUGUCACUGGGGAGAGCACCUCAGGAGACCCGAUGCUGGAAACGGUAUUGGCCACAGAGCAGAGAAGCAGAAGGGCAGUUGAGGAUUUCUGCGCCCGGCUGAAGAAGCUUUUUGUGGUGGGCAUUAUCGCCGUCAUGGGCCAUUCUGCCCUCAAGGAAGGAGUGGUGGGGGAGGAGAUGGUGAAGAAGUGGCAGGGCCGGAUGGAGGAUGUGGAGAAUCGAAUGAAAGCAGCUGUGGAUGACUGUACAGAGAACUUUGCCGAUCAAGCCAAGUUAGACAUGGAGCACCUGCUUCAGGAGAAUCCCGGCACUGUCGACCGUGAGUUCACCAAAUCUCUUCUGGAUUCGCUCGUUAAGAAAUACGACUGGGUGAACUGGUCCAUCAGGGCCUUCGGCAACAGGGAGCGCAUUUUCUUUUUCAACUGGCUGGCAGGAAAGAAGUGCCACGGAAGUGGAGGAGCCAAUUGGUUUGACAUUUUGACCAAGAGCAAGAUCAAAGUGGUGGUCUCUUUCUGUGUCGACCCCAAGCCCAUUAACAAGAGUCAGAUCCAGGAGCAGAUUGAGAGUCAGAGGAUGAAGGGGGACAUGAUGGCAGUGGCUCUGGCUUUGAAUAAGAGCUUCCCCAACUGCCUGGUCCAUGCUGUCAGCCAUUACAAGGAGGUGGUGGAGACCAACAACUUCCAUGAGGAUUGUUACUACUAUGGAAAACACAAAAGAGCCUACCUGUGCAUCCACUCCGAGUAGGCUCACAGAAAAAGUGCAGCCGCAUGCAUCCGCAAGAAAUGAGCUACACAUAAAUUCAUGAAUGUCUUUACCAGAGACCUACGAAAUUGUUUUUCAUUAAAUAUAGAAAUGUAUUCAUAAAUAGUGUCUGUAUCAAUGCAUAAUCUACUCUUUAAGAGAUCUGGUAUGUGAUUUAUUGUCUUACUUGUAAUAAUUUUUAGUCUUUUACAUAUAUAUCUUUCAUCUCUUGAUGAUACAGCAGCUUCUGGGUGUUAUUCAGAGUCGUUCAUCUCCAUGCCAGCUUCGACUUAAUGUUAUGAAACUUAUAAUGAUUCUGUCCUCAUUGGAUUAUUAUUAGGGUUGGGCAAUAUGAGGAUAUUAGUCUGUUAUAGCAGCCAGAGACUUUACCAUACCAAGGCACCCUUCCCCUUUAAUCCCUUUAACAUCUCGGACCAUUGUGGGCAGCGCUCAACAUUUAAAGGAACAUUUCGACAUUUUGGGAAAAACGAUCACUCACUCGCUUUCUUGCCAAGAGUAAGAUAAGAAAAUCAAUACCACUCUCGGCUCUAUCUGUAAAGUUUGAGGCUACAGCAAGGAGACAAUUAGCUUAACUUAAGCAUAACUUGAAACAGGAAGUGUAAAAACAUCAAAGCUUCAUGUUUAGCAUACAGACAUGAUAGUGGUAUCGUUCUUCUCAUAACUCUGUGAUAUGGUCAAAAGCCCCAGCAUUUAUAUCACAAAGAAAUAAAUGAGAUAUACUGUGGUGGCGGAUUAUAUCAAUAUAUAUUCUAUAUUUUUUGCUGCUUUUGGUGCAAUAUAUUGCUGCAGGGCAAACGUCCAAAAAUCCUUAUUCCACAAUCAAUUCAACACGAUACUUAUGUAUAUUUUACUUUAUUUUGUAAUAAACA